ACUUCCUCUUUUCACAACGAAGUCAUUAAUUCUACCGGUUAGGGUUUGUGGUCAUAGGAAGUUAAAAUGAUUCUUUUGGAAACUAAUAAUCGUAUUAUUCAAGAGACAUUAACGUACAAAAUCAAGAAUGUUCUUGAAGGGGGAAAACCUGAUAAUGUCGACAUAACAGUUGCAGAUUUUGAUGGUGUUCUCUUCCACAUGUCCAAUCCAGAUGGAAACAAAAACAAAAUUAUGGUUAGCAUAUCAUUAAAGUUUUAUAAAGAUCUUCAAAAGCAUGGUGCUGAUGAGUUGAUUAAAAGAGAAUACAGUGAUCUCUUAACAACAACUGAAUCAGGUUACAAUGUGUCAAUCGUCUUUGAUCUUGAAAAAAUCCCUGACAAUUGGCAAGAGUUGGUGAACAAGGCCAGCUUACUGAAGCGCAACUGUUUUGCAUCUGUGUUUGAGAAAUAUUUUCAGUUUCAAGAAAAUGGUGUUGAUGAAAAUUCUAGGGCAGUCAUUCAUUACCGUGAUGAUGAAACAAUGUAUGUUGAGGCCAAAAAAGACAGAGUGACUGUCAUUUUCAGUACCAUAUUUAAAGAUAAUGAUGAUAUUGUGAUAGGCAAAGUUUUUAUGCAGGAAUUUAAAGAAGGUCGUAGAAAAUAUCAACAGGCUCCUCAAGUACUAUUUAGUCAUAAAGAGCCACCACAAGAGCUGCAGAACACAGAUGCACGCACAGGGGAAAACAUAGGCUACAUCACAUUUGUUUUGUUCCCAAGACACACAAGCAAAGCUGCUAGAGACAACACCAUCAAUCUAAUUCAUAUGUUGAGAGACUAUCUUCAUUAUCAUAUAAAAUGUUCAAAGGCAUACAUUCAUCAAAGUAUGAGAGCAAAAACGUCAGAGUUUCUUAAAGUGCUGAACAGAGCCAGGCCUGAAAUUAAAGAUAGGGAAAAGAAAACAAUUACAGGAAAGACAUUCAGACAGGACUGAGGAACUUGCUGUUUUAGGAUGAAUAAAAGUGCAUUGACAUUUCAUUAAGUCAGCCACAUUCAUGUCAUAGUUGGGACUUUGUGAAAUUAGUUGCUACUCAGAAGUCUAUAAGUGGAAUGGUUUUGUUUUGUUUUUUUUUUGGUCACACUAAUAUUUUUUUUAUUUCUCCUGUAUUUUUUUAAAAAAGAUUUUAUGAAUUAAAUUUUAUUGUGAAUGAUUCAAAAUAUUAUAUUCUUUUUCUGAUAGAAUUUUUUAAUGUUAAAUGUUGAUCUCUUUAGAACAAAUUGUUGGUUAAUACUUCAGUCUUAAAUUCAUUUUAAUUUGUUAUAUUGACAUUCCUUCAUUUUUUUCUGCUGCUAAUAUUUAUUAAUAUUUCAUUUUUUGCUUGGCAGUGAUUGAAUCCAUUUAUAGACUUCUAAAUAGCGUUAUAGAAGAUAUUGCGUACUCACUUCUGUAUCUACAGCCGCAAAGGCUCUACAAAGAAGACAACAUUAAAUCUAUGCAUACUUUCCCGAAGCACUAGAAGCUGUUUGCAGUAUUUUGUUACUACAUGCUUCCUUUGUCCCUUCACACUAUUAUAUCAACUUGUACAAGUCUUUAGUUGCACAAGCUAGACGGGCGGCUUGUUUUCUUCUAAUGUUAACAUAUUAAACCCUAACUUCAUAAACCAGUCAUUAUAUUUGUAUUUUUUUAAUCCCAGUCGAUCAACUGCUUGUGUACAAACUGAACUUACUCUCUGUUGACAACCAAAAUGUGUCACUUGUACAAUAAAAUGUUUGCUUCCCAUUGCUCUGUAUGUCCUGAAACAUUUUGUAGUCAAGCAAUAUGUUGAAUCCAUUUUUGAUUUAGUCAUUAUGUUCUUACUGCUAAACCAAACCCUGAAAAUACUGUAGUUUCAAGACCAAAUCUUGGCUUAUUACAAAUAUAGUGGCUUCAAGCAUCUCUAAAUAUAGUUUAUAAAUUUUUUUAAUUUAUUUUAUAUAUAUAUACUUUUUUUUUUUUUUUUUUUGCAAAGCUUAUAUUUAUAAAACUUGAAUACAUGGUCAAAUUAUUUGAUGGUUGCCCUUUGUUUUAUCUAAUUUUCCUAUAUUGAUUUGAGAGAAUGACUAGCACUUAUCUAUUGGAUCUAAUUCUACGGGGGACUAGACUCAUCAUAUCAGUAAUCACUGUGAGCUAUACAAGUGUUACAGUCUGUUGACUUUCAAGUUGUUAGUCAGGCAGCUGCCACUGAAUGGUGAUGUCGCCUGCUGACCUGUGGACAGCUUCUGUUAACAAGACUCCGGUAAUGCAGUGAAAGCAUAUUACAUUGAUCAGCGUGGCUGAUGUGUACAUGUCUUUAUUUUUUUCUUGAACUAAAUUGUAUAUUAUUCAAUAAAACAUGUUAACUUUCA